ACGUUCUUAGCGCUGCAGCGGGCCGGCGAGGAGACGACGGAUGGAGCUCCGCGAGUGGAGGACGAGUCAAUGCCGGGGAUAAAGGCGAAGAGCGCGAGCCGAGCGUCUCCGGCGUGGGCCGGACCCCGACGCCGGCGCAGCAGCUGCAGGAGUCGCCGUACGAGCAGGACACCGAGCCCGAGGCCGAGGAGCCCGGCGGCAAGCCGUCCUCGCCGGUCAACCCCCUGCUCCAGGAGCGCUCGAACUGCGAGGAGCUGAGACACGUCGUCUGCCACCUCGAGACGAAGGAGCUCUGGGACAAGUUCAACAGCCUCGGCACCGAGAUGAUCAUCACCAAGACCGGGAGGCGGAUGUUCCCGACGUGUCGGGUCUCGUUCAACGGGCUCAGGCCGGAGGGCCGCUACGCCGUGCUGAUGGACAUCGUGCCCGUGGACGAGAAGCGCUACCGCUACGCCUACCACAAGAGCUCGUGGCUGGUGGCCGGCAAGGCCGACCCGCCGGCGCCGGCCAGGCUCUACGUCCACCCGGACUCGCCGUUCAGCGGCGAGCAGCUGAGGAAGCAGGUCGUCUCCUUCGAGAAGGUCAAGCUCACCAACAACGACAUGGACAAGCACGGCCACCUGGUCCUGAACUCGAUGCACAAGUAUCAGCCGCGCAUCCACCUGGUGAAGCGGCCGGAGGCCGGCAACUGCGAGCCCAUCGAGGACCUGGAUCGGGAGCCGCACAAGACCUUCAUAUUCCCCGAGUCCAUAUUCACGGCCGUCACCGCCUAUCAGAACCAGCUCAUUACCAAGCUCAAGAUCGACAGCAAUCCCUUCGCCAAGGGCUUCCGGGACUCGUCGAGGCUCACGGAUUUCGAGAGUUACCCUUACAGGGAGACGAUGGAGUCGAUGCUGGCCGAGCAGCAGACGCUCAGGUUUCCGCACCGGCUUCCCUUCGAGAUGGACCAGCUGCAGUCGGCGGCCGCCGCCGCAGCCGCCGCGGCCGGCAACAACCUCAGCCUCGAGGAGAAGGCCAUGUGGGCCGCCCGCUCCCAGAUCAUCCUGCGCGCCGCGGCCGCCGCGGCCGUCGGGCCCUACGCCCAGCUGGUCAACCCGGUGCUCGUCUACCCGUCAGCGGCCGGGACCAGCCAGCAGCAGCAGCAGCAGCAGCAGCAGCAGCUGGCGGCGAGCACCGCGGCCCAGCAGCAGCUCUGGUGGGCCUCGUCCCUGGGGCCCACCCUCUUCGCCGCGGCGCACCACCAGCAGCAGCAGCAGCAGCAGCAGUUGGCGGCGAGCACCGCGGCCCAGCAGCAGCAGCAGCAGCACAGCCCGGGGGGAGCGGGGCCCGCGGCGCCGAGGCCCCUCUACCCGGCGGCGGCGCUGAGCGCGCUCUCGGCGCACCACAGGUUCUCGCCGUACCCCAGCCCCAGCCGGACGACCUCGGCCUCCUCGCUCAAGUCCGCCACGCAGAUCGGCUCCUCGCGGCGCACCACGCCCUCGCCGACCGACAGCCUGUGCAGGGAGGCCCAGGACCUCUCGCCCUCGUAGUCGAGGACGGCCGAGUCGUCCACCGGACAGUAUUACUGACUCGAGUGCUCGGUGUGUGAUUCGCCGCAUUAUCGCUCUGUAAAUAUGUGCAUCGUGUAACCGUGUAAGCCCCCGCUGGGGAGCAGCCCGGGGCAGCGGCUUCCGACCGCGAGCUUUGCCUUGUACAUAACACACACACCCCCACACACACCCCCACACACACCCACACACAUAUAUCGUGAUCGCGCGGCGGAGGCCGCUGCCCGCGAAGCUGAGCAGCGAUUCCUGUACCAUAAGCCUGUAUAUUUUGUAUCGAGGACUGCGCAUUGUUAUCGUUAUCUGUGUCGAAGGAGAAAAAAUCUGUCGCAAAAUGAAUACUCCACGCCGCUUCGUCUCUUCGCUACAUUAUUGUUUCCAGAGAUUUUCAGCGUUAUCGCUCACUGCACGAAAGCUGUUGGGAAGGUCGCGGGAGAGCGAAUUGUGGAGUACCUAUAGCGCAUUGAGAGCGUAGCCGGUGUCGAGCGAGCUACUGCCAUGUACAUAUAGCUGUAAGUCCCGAAUAGAAACUCCGCAGCGAGUAUAAAAGCGGGAGGGCGGCGAAGAGUCGGGAGAAGAACUGAAAGCGUUUCUCGGACUGUCGCGACCUUCGCAAUUUUCGCCUUUCGUCCGUCGUUCGAACGAGAUUUACCAAGUGCAAUAAUCUAUACACGAUUUAUUUAUAAACGAAAACGAAGAUGGAAGCAAUAAAAUGAGUAAAACAA